UAUGUUGUCCGUCCAUGUUAUUCUUUGUCUUCUCCUGGCUCUCCUGCCCCACAUCUUUCCUUCAAGCACUUCUUUUACAGUUGCCUCAUGCCGUUUGGGUACUUUUUUACAUCAGAGACCAAAAAAUUAGUUUUUGUUGUGUUGUUUUUAUCAGGAAUCUUGAAAAGCAAGUAAAUUGUAAAACUUUGACUAUUGCAUUAAACUGCAUGUUGAUGAUGUAGAAAGCUACACCUUUCAUAGAGCGUUGGGAGGGUGUAAAAAUCGAAAACUCUUAAAAAAUUAGACUUAAGUGUAUUGCUUGCAACAGCAAUGAUUUGAUGUGCAAUAGCUUGGAACUCUUUUCAUGAAUCAUGUUGUGCUAGACGAACAAUAAUCUCAAUGUACUGUUGACAGAAUUCUGGAAUCUUGCUGUCGAAAGGAAUCGCCAUGUCUGAGACGAGCGUCAUGAAGAGCCAGGCAGAGUUUGACGUGAUCAUCACAACCACAGAGAUGCACACGGGAGGGGAACCGGUUCGUAUCAUCGAGUCCGGUUAUCCGGUUCCACAAGGCACAACUAUUCAGGACAAAAUCGAGUACUUGAGAAAAAAUCAUGACACCUUCCGGAAAAUGACCAUGUGGGAACCUCGGGGUCACUUUGACAUGUAUGGCGUACUGCUGGUCACUCCUGACCACCCCGAGGCAGAUAUCGGCGUUAUCUUCUUGCACAAUGAAGGCUACUCCCAAAUGUGCGGCCACGCAGUCGUCUCUAUGGGCAGAUAUGCCGUGGAUCGGGGCCUGUUGAAGCGACCCAUCACAAGCCCACGCACUCGGGUCAACAUCCAGGCCCCUUGUGGCUUGGUCAGGGCUGACGUGCAGGUUGACAACGGUCAGGGAGUAAAGACAGGCAGGGUCUGCUUUGAGAGUGUCUCUUCCUUUGUUGUCACAACAGACUACGUGUCUACAGCCGAGGCCAAAGAUAAAGUGAAACUGUCCCACCCAGAGAACCCAGCCUAUCUGUACGGUGUCAUUGUGAUCGACUCUCGAGAAGAAAAAGCUGACGGACACUCUACCAAUGUGUGCGUUUUUGCCGACUCAGAGACGGAUCGUUCUCCUUGCGGCUCUGGUACGACGGCUCGAGUCACCCUCAUGUACCACCGUGGACUUCUUGCCCUCGGGGAGAGACAUGUCUUUCGGAGUGGGGUCACGGGGUCAGAGUUCGUGGCCUGGCCGGAACAGGAAACAGAAGUGGCUGAACAGAAGGCCGUCACAAUCAAACUUGAAGGACAAGGAUAUUACACAGGGCGCUCCACACUGAGCUUAGAAAGAGGAGAUAUCUUGGGACGUGGAUUCCUCGUUAGAUAAGACAACGCGAACUUACAUUAAGAUCAGAACGUUUUGGUUUUUUUGUUCUUGCAGAAUUAAAUUCAUCAAUUUAAAGGAAUUCAUUUCUAUUACUAUGACUGUCAUCAUCAUAACUGUUGUUAUUAUCUUUACCAUCAUUACUGUCACCAUGUUUAUUAUUAUCAUAUUAUAUUAGCCUCCCACAGGCUAUGAGCACCACAACCCAGAGCUAAGCAGGGCUUAGAUCAUGUCAUUGAUUUCGACCGCCACUACAAUUGCGAAGAAUUGACUACAGUCUUGCUGUCACUUUUUCGGAGUACUUUUACCCAAAAAAUAAAAGUUAACAAUUAAGAGAAAAAAA